CGUGAAAAUUCGUGAAAAUUCUGCACACGGAAAACGGAAAAUCGCGAGCGACUGCGAGCCAAGAAAAGCCAGGACAAUGUCUUUGUUUGGAGCCUUGAUGGGGGACUUUGACGACGAUCUCGGUCUAAUGAACAAUCACAUGAACCACACGAUGAACGCGAUGAACAUGCAGAUGCGCUCGAUGAACCGCCUGAUGAACACCUUCAUGCCGGAUCCCUUCAUGCAGGUCUCGCCCUUCGACCCGGGCUUCCAGCAAGGCGCCCUGAUGGAGCGUCCCCAGAUGCCGGCCAUGCCCGCCAUGGGAUUAUUUGGAAUGCCCAUGAUGCCCAACUUCAAUCGUUUGCUGAAUGCUGAUAUUGGCGCCAAUCCGGGCGCCUCCUUUUGCCAGAGCACCGUGAUGACCAUGUCCUCGGGCCCCGACGGCCGUCCGCAGAUCUACCAGGCCAGCACUAGCACCAAAACCGGACCAGGCGGCGUUCGCGAGACCCGCAAGACGGUGCAGGACUCGCGCACCGGGCUAAAGAAGAUGGCCAUUGGCCACCACAUCGGCGAGCGGGCCCACAUCAUUGAGAAGGAGCAGGACAUGCGCUCCGGCCAGCUGGAGGAGCGCCAGGAGUUCAUCAAUCUGGAGGAGGAGGAAGCCGAGCAGUUCGACCGCGAAUUCACGUCGCGCGCAUCUCGCGGAGGCGUACAGUCUGGUCAUCGCGGCGGCGCUGGGAUGCAGGCCAUCAUGCCCGCCCGUCCGGCUGGUCACACCUCCACGCUGACCAUUGAGCCGGUGGAGGAUGACGACGAGGACGAUGAUGACUGUGUGAUCCAGGAGCAGCCGCCGGUUCGCUCCGCCGCGGGACGUCAUUACUCCAGUGCGCCAACGGGACCGCAGAACAGUGGCAGCGUUGCAACAACAGCAGCAGCAGCAACAUCUUCGCCAGCUAUCUACGAUCUAAGCAGCGGAAACAACAAUAACUACGUGAGCUCUCGUCGAUCGUACCUGCGAAAUGGCCAUGGCCUGGCCACGCCCCGCCGCCCACUGCGAACACCGCCCUCCUCGCCGCUGGCCACGGUGUCCACUUCGCCAAGCAUACACCCACAUCCCUAUGCCGCCCAUCCGAGGCGCCAACAGCGCGUCCUGAAGCACCAGCACACGGAGGACGAGGCGGCCAAUCCUUCAAAGGCGGGCAAGCGCGGCAAGAAGCAGUAGUAGCCAACAUCUUCCAAAUCGCACACUCAAAACCACUGGAAGCAAGCGUUGGUCCUGUUCCAGAGCAUCUUUAUGUUACAGCAGACUAACCAUUUUAGAUAUUUUCAACAAACUUUCCUCUUCAGUUGUUCUGUAAUAUCUUAUUGAUUGAUUGCCCACGCAGGUUGCAGAUCCAACCGCUUACACUUGCAUACAACAAAAGUGACUAUUCAACGCCGGAAUUAUUACACUCUCUCACACCUAAUCGAAAAUUCAAUGAAAGUAAUGCAUAAUAUAUGAAAUCGUAAUUUUAAGUUUGAAUUAUUUGGUUAAUUCUCAAGUUUCUAGAUUUCGUUAGCCACUAAGCUUUAAAUUACGGCGAACAGAAACUUAGAAAACACUACAAUUACCAUUUACCGAUUCCCCAAUACAUGUAAUUCGUAAGGCUUAAGUAAAUGUUGAUGUGAAUUUAAUUAAACGGUAAUUACAUUAUAUUAGUGAA